AGCAAAAAAAUAGUAUCUUGGUGAAAAUGGCGGCGAUAACUCGCCUCCAACUCCUCCAACCACCAGCGGGCGCCGUGACACCCUCCGUGCUUUUAUCCAAACUCCAUCGGUCCUCCUCCGUUUUCUCUAACCCCAUUCUCUGUACCCCUCGUCUUCGUAAACUCUCCUUCACUCCUCCACUUUGCUCCAAUUCGGACGAGGGUUCUUCCACUUCCGGAUCGAGUCCAUCCAUUGUUGGUGAUCUUCUGGAUUAUCUCAACGAAUCUUGGACUCAAUUCCAUGCCACAGCUGAAGCAAAACGGAAAUUAAUUGCUGCUGGAUUUCACUUGCUAAAUGAAAAUGAUGAAUGGGACCUGAAGCCUGGUGGACGUUACUUCUUUACACGAAAUAUGUCUUGUUUGGUUGCCUUUGCUGUUGGAGAAAAGUAUCGUGUUGGAAAUGGUUUUCAUGUAAUUGCUGCCCACACGGAUAGCCCAUGUCUAAAAUUAAAACCGAAGUCUGCAUCGUCCAAAUCCAGCUAUCUUAUGGUCAACGUGCAAACAUAUGGAGGCGGUUUAUGGCAUACAUGGUUUGAUAGGGACUUAAGUUUAGCGGGAAGGGUGAUAUUGAGAGAUAAAGAUGGUUCUUUUUUGCACAAGCUCGUCAAAGUUGAAAGGCCUUUAUUACGAGUACCGACAUUGGCCAUUCAUCUUGACAGAACAGUGAACAAGGAUGGGUUUAAGCCAAAUCUAGAGACUCACCUUAUUCCUUUAUUGGCAACAAAGGUUGAGAAUACGUCUUUGGAAUCCAAAGAGAAAAGUAAUAAUACAAAAGCUGCUCAUCAUCCCCUUCUUAUGCAGGUUUUGUCAGAUGAGUUGAGCUGUGGUAUUGAGGACAUAGCAAAUAUAGAAUUGAAUGUUUGUGAUACUCAACCUAGCUGCCUUGGAGGUGCAAAUAAUGAAUUUAUAUUUUCCGGAAGAUUGGAUAAUCUCGCUUCUAGUUAUUGUGCAUUGAGAGCUCUCAUUGAUUCAUGUGAAACUCCUACUGAUUUAUCAAGUGAGCAUGCAAUUCGGAUGAUCGCGCUUUUUGAUAACGAGGAGGUGGGUUCAAAUUCAAUUCAGGGAGCUGGUGCUCCAACCAUGUUUCAGGCUAUGAGACGUAUAGUUGGUUGCUUAGCUCAUGAAUAUGUAGGAGAGGGUGCUUAUGAGCGUGCAAUCCGCCAAUCCUUUCUUGUGUCUGCUGACAUGGCUCAUGGAGUUCACCCAAAUUUUACGGACAAGCAUGAAGAACACCAUCGCCCAGAAUUGCAAAAGGGGCUUGUUAUCAAGUACAAUGCAAACCAGCGCUAUGCUACUAGUGGAGUUACCGCAUUCCUUUUUAAAGAAAUUGCAAAAAUUCAUAACCUACCUACACAGGAAUUUGCAGUGAGAAAUGAUAUGGGAUGUGGAUCCACUAUAGGUCCCAUACUAGCUUCGGGGGUUGGCAUUCGUACUGUUGAUUGUGGUAUUGCUCAGCUUUCUAUGCACAGUAUACGAGAAAUUUGUGGGAAAGAAGAUGUUGACAUUGCAUACAAGCAUUUCAAGGCCUUCUAUCAGACAUUUUCAAGCAUCGACAGGAAAUUAAAUGUGGAUUAGUAUGUUGUCUUGAGCCCCAACGAAUAUAGUCUUUUCUUUUUCCUUUCCAGAGACUAGAAAAAUUACAUUAAUUUAUUCCUCAUACAUUCGUGUAGUAGCUCAUAUUUUAAAAAUAAUCUUUAUUUUGCCUCCAAAUACAAA